AUGUCGCACAACGAUAUUGAACGCAAUAAACGCGUUGCGAACAUAUGGACUGCGCGUUUUAUGCCCUUCGCACUUGCGGGUGUGGUUGGCUAUGUAACAUAUGUCAUAGUGGCCAUUCUUUGUGUAAAUUAUCUCCUAGUCGAACAGAAAAGUAAGGGUGCCGCAGUGCCCAUCCUUAUAACAUAUUUUCUGUUGUUCGUCCUCAUGGCCUCGUCUUUCUUCCGGGUUGUGUAUAUGACAACCUUCGAUCCUCCUUAUGCGCCACUCGGAGCUGGAGCUGCUGCGAUCCAGCGUAGAAACAAGCGAACAAAUGAUGAUAUUGGUGGGGGAGAAUACACUUCAGGGGAUUUUGACGGGUCCAAGACUGAUCCAGACUCUCCUGGACUCGAAUUAUUUUACACAAAAGAUGUCUUCGGUGUGGAAAAGGAUGGGAAGCCUAAAUGGUGUUCUGAGUGUUGCAUAUGGAAACUGGAUCGCCAGCACCACUGUAGUGUUGUAGGAAGAUGUAUAUACAAAAUGGAUCAUUAUUGCCCAUGGGUAGGAGGGCCUAUCGGCGAGAAUAACUUCAAGUUUUUUAUUCAAUUUGUUGGGUACACCUCCUUAUUUUGUAUACAUGUUCUUGUAGUGAUGGCAGUAUACGUUCAUCGACAGCGUAGCACUCAGGGCGUGUCUGUUAACCACCAGUUCAUUGCCGUUCUUGCACUAGCUGCAUUUUUUGGCCUGUUCACUGGAACAAUGUUCCUGACAUCCGUGAGACUCGCAAUCAACAAUUUGACACAAGUCGAAGACAUAUCUAGGUUCGGAAAGAUCCAUCGACUAGCAAUACUAAAGCCAUCCCCACAGAGGUUGGCGGAAAUAAGUGUAACAGCCGCUUCCACGCAAACUUAUUCCGAAAUAACGUAUCCGCUAGACAUUCCGGCACCCUUGGACGGCACCCGGGUAAAUCGCCCGUAUGUGAAAACUAUCAGGCACGAUCGCUUGUCCGAGCCAAUUUCAGCCAAUGACGCAAGGCGAAUGGCUGGUCUCACAGGGUUGCCUGCCAAUGCAACAAUCGAGCCAGCUAACGGGAGCGUCCAACCUGGACAUCUGGUCUCGGAACCAACAGAAGCUGGUAUCAUUCAUAAUUCGUCAACCGCUCUCUCGUCGUCUGAAAAUAUUGAAGCACCAGCAACUGGUGGGCUCCAGAAAUCGACAAACAAUACUGAGCGACUGGAUAGAGACCGAAGGGCUGUGCGAACCUUUGCAAUACUCGAAACACUGACCCCCGGCGAUAAUCCUUGGGAUCUUGGAUCCGCUCUAUUAAAUUGGGAGACUGUCAUGGGAGAACAUUUCUUUGACUGGUUUCUCCCCAUGAAGAGAAGCCCUUGUUGCAACCACGAGAAUACAGAGAGUCACUUCUCGAUUGGCCCAUCUGUAGAUCGUAUUCGGGCCUCGGUUUGUUUUAUUCCACCUAAUGAGGUACGUCCUGAAGGACAUCGUCAACGAACCAGGCCAAAUCGCCAUAAGAAAGACAAAGCGAGUAAAUCGGGGCGACAAUUUAGCCCAAAUGAUGAAGAAAUGGGUCGAAAAACGGAUGAGACAGAACUGCGAGAUCUCCGCGCUCGUAACUCACGCCAUAGAUGA